GAGAUUUGUAGGAAAAUAUGAGCAUUUGCAGUGUGAAAAUGUAUUUACUCGAGAUUUGUAUAACACUUUUGGGUGUUGCGUCAAUUUGUGGCGGAAGCCGACAGACUGAACUCUACGAGGGAAGCGGUGGGGGAUCGUUCGAAGAAGCGGUGUUCGGUGGACAGGAACAACCAGGAAACUGGAAUAGUCCCGGACCUGGACAAUAUCCUGGAAGCUGGAACAACCCCAGACCUGGACAAUAUCCUGGAAGCUGGAAUAAUCCCAGACCUGGACAAUAUCCUGGAAGCUGGAAUAGUCCCGGACCUGGACAAUAUCCUGGAAGCUGGAACAACCCAAGACCUGGACAAAAUCCUGGAAGCUGGAGUAAUCCAAGACCUGGGCAAUAUCCAGUCAAAAAUUCAGGAGGAACGGAAGAUACAAACAAUUUUCCGAACAAAUAUGAAAUCAUUGAUCUCAGGACUCGUUCGUAUCCCCAGCCAUAUUCCUUUGGACGUAAAUAAUGAUGGCUCUUAGCUUUUAAUUAAAUUGUCAUCCCAUUAAUAACAUUGAUUAACAAUCAAAUUUAAAACUGCGUUGUAAUAAAGUGUUACUUAACUUUUACAAGUUA